UUUUGUUUUGAAGGGGAGGGAGCAAAGGCAGAGGGAAGGGAGCUGGGCUACAUCUGCACGGAGAAGCAGAGAACUGAAGGUUGAUCAAAUACUUGAAAUUCCGCUUCCGUCUGAGGGGCAGCCUCUGAUUAAAGUAAGGACUUUCUUUAGGAUUUUCUUCUCGUUCUCUCUGUCCCUCAAUCAAUCCUAAAACAACGGGAUUUAGCAAUGGCUUCUUCACCCCAGAAAUCUCCGUCCACCCCCAAAUCUCCUACCGGUACCCCUAAAUCGCCUCCUUCAAGAAAGAAAGAUGACUCCUUUCUCGGCAAACUUGGAGGGACUUUGGCAAGGAGGAAAAAAGCGAAAGAAGUCUCUGAACUCCAGGAGGAAGGGAUAAAUGCUAUCAACCUGCCUCUCAGCCCUAUUCCUUUUGAGCUGGACCCCGAGGAUACCAUGCUAGAGGAGAAUGAAGUCAGAACAAUGGUUGACCCAAACUCCAGAAAUGAUCCCAGACUUCAAGAACUAAUGAAGGUAUUAAUAGACUGGAUCAAUGACGUGCUGGUUGGAGAGAGGAUAAUUGUGAAGGACGUGUCGGAGGAUCUGUAUGAUGGACAAGUGCUCCAGAAGCUGUUUGAAAAGCUGGAGGGCGAGAAACUGAAUGUGGCUGAAGUGACCCAAUCAGAAAUCGCUCAGAAACAGAAGCUGCAGACGGUUUUAGAGAAGAUCAAUGACACUCUGAAAGUCUCCCCCAGGAACAUCAAAUGGAAUGUUGACUCUGUCCAUGCCAAGAGCUUGGUGGCCAUUCUUCACUUGUUGGUAGCCCUGUCCCAGCACUUCAGGGCACCCAUCAGACUACCUGAUCACGUGUCUAUCCAGGUGGUGGUCGUUCAGAAACGCGAGGGAAUUCUUCAGUCUCGCCAGGUUCAAGAGGAAAUCACUGGCAACACUGAGGCUUUGUCAGGGAGGCAUGAAAGGGAUGCCUUUGACACGUUGUUUGAUCACGCACCAGACAAGCUGAAUGUCGUGAAAAAGACCCUGAUCACAUUUGUGAAUAAGCAUUUAAAUAAACUCAAUCUGGAGGUUACUGAAUUAGACACUCAGUUUGCUGAUGGCGUCUACCUCGUUCUUAUCAUGGGACUACUGGAGGGCUAUUUUGUUCCUCUGUACAACUUUUUUCUCACGCCAGAACACUUUGAACAAAAGGUACAUAAUGUUUCCUUCUCCUUCGAACUGAUGCAGGAUGGAGGUUUGGAAAAACCCAAACCCAGGCCAGAAGAUAUCGUGAAUUGUGACCUGAAGUCAACUUUGAGAGUGCUCUACAACCUGUUCACCAAAUACAGGAAUGUGGAGUAAACAGGAAGUGACUAGGGGUGUGUUUCCAGAGCAACGACCUCUGUCCGACUCAAGCUGUUUGCCCCGCCUUCCUGUCUCAGUCAAUGCAAUGGAAAACAGCCACAGUACAGAUACAGUAGGUAACUGUGUGGCUCAGUGGUAAUAUAAGUCUCAAGACUCUAUAGUGCCUAUUUCAAAGAUAAGGGACCACAGAAUGUAAACAAGGCAAUAAAAUGAGGUCCAUAGGAACAAUACAACAGUAUUAUAUAGUAUACACCCUAAAUCAUGAAUAUAUUUUACUAUCAGAACGUGUAAAGUCAUUGGUUGUAAGUUCCUUCCUUGUAGUAUUUUUAUGGUAAAAUCCACUGGUCCCAUUUCUUGUGCUGAAGAUCUUUGGGUUUCUUGCCUGUUUAUGCUUUAUACAGAAAGUACAGGUUUGUGUAGAUUGAAAAAGUUGAAGUUGUUUCUUCCUGGCAUCUACUGUAAGGAGACUGGAGUGAAAUUGCGUGACAGUACAGCACAGAAUGUGGUUUCAUACUUUAGCAUCAUCUUUGAAAUGCCUCCAAAGUCUACAAGGAAAUGUAAAAUAACAAAUAAUCAAAGGAACAUAAACAUAAAAACAGGCAUAUGAUUCUAUAUGCUAGUCCUAGUGAGAGGAAAGGAAAUUAAAUGGCUUCCGAAGGUAGCUAUACCAUAUCAACAACUAAUUGAAAUCCCAGAAAGCAGGUAACUGUUUUACUAAACCAAGAAUGACAGUCUUUCACAUGAAAAGCACUAAUUUGGUUCACUACUAAGAUCCUUUCCUCUGAAACUCAGUUUGUUUAGAAAUUAAUAACUACACCGGUAUAGUUCUUAAAAUAUUAUUAUUAUUUAUGAAUUUGAAUGAUCAUUUGAAGAGGGUCCACAGAAGAGGAUCAAUUGUUAUAUUUUAAACUAUUAAAACCUUUUUUUUUUUCAAUAAAAAGACUCUCAUAUCAUACUAAAUAUACUUUCCCCAAAUUGGUACAACUUACCACUGUGCUGAUAGAAUUUUUGUGGACAGUGUAUUAACAAUACAUGUGUAUGUCUCCAGACUGACUCUGUAUCCAGGUUACAUGUCUAAUGGAUAACUUACUGUAUGAAAAUCAUGAUAUUUGCAUUGGGCUUUGGUUUGUGUUUUUCUUUUUCAGUAUAAAUCGUGGCUAAGGAUA